AUGGCGACGCGGGGCCAUGUGCAGGACCCUAACGACAGGCGCCUCCGGCCCAUUUACGGCUGCGUUGUGCCAAGGAAGACCCAAGAUCUCAGGUGGAUCCCGAGCCAGGUGGAAGCUGGCUCCGGCGUGAGGGUUUUAAAGGCAAUUGGUCUACAGAGAACUGGAAAGCAAGAGGAAGCCUUCACCUUGGCACAGGAGGUGGCGGCCCUUGAACCCACAGAUGACAACUCGCUGCAGGCACUGACUAUUCUCUAUCGGGAGAUGCAUCGACCGGAGUUAGUUACAAAACUUUAUGAGGCAGCUGUGAAGAAAGUUCCCAAUAGUGAGGAGUAUCACUCUCACCUCUUCAUGGCUUAUGCCAGAGUGGGCGAAUACAAGAAAAUGCAACAGGCUGGCAUGGCUCUAUAUAAGAUUGUCCCCAAAAAUCCUUACUACUUUUGGUCUGUGAUGAGCUUAAUUAUGCAAUCUAUAUCGGCACAGGAUGAAAACCUCUCAAAAACAAUGUUUCUGCCCCUCGCUGAGAGAAUGGUAGAAAAAAUGGUGAAAGAGGACAAGAUAGAAGCUGAAGCUGAAGUUGAACUUUAUUAUAUGAUCCUGGAACGUUUGGGAAAGUACCAGGAAGCCUUAGAUGUUAUCAGAGGAAAAUUAGGAGAGAAGUUGACAAGUGAGAUUCAGAGUCGGGAAAAUAAAUGCAUGGCUAUGUACAAGAAGCUGAGCAGGUGGCCAGAGUGUAAUGCCCUUUCCAGGCGCCUCUUACUGAAAAACUCAGAUGACUGGCAGUUCUAUCUGACUUAUUUCGAUUCUGUGUUUCGACUGAUUGAAGAGGCCUGGACUCCUCCUGCUGAAGGUGAACACUCUUUAGAAGGAGAAGUCCAUUAUUCUGCAGAAGAAGCUGUGAAAUUUAUAGAAGAUCGGAUAACAGAAGAAUCUAAAAGUUCCCGCCAUCUCCGAGGACCACAUCUUGCUAAACUGGAACUGAUUAGACGUUUAAGACGUCAAGGUUUUAAUGAUGAGUACAAACUAGGUGAUCCAGAAGAAUUAAUGUUCCAGUAUUUUAAAAAGUUUGGGGAUAAGCCUUGCUGUUUUACAGACCUCAAGGUGUUUGUUGACCUCUUGCCUGCUACACAGUGUACAAAAUUUAUUAAUCAAUUACUUGGAGUUGUUCCUUUGUCGACACCAACAGAGGAUAAGUUGGCACUGCCUGCCGACAUCAGAGCUCUGCAGCAACAUUUAUGUGUGGUGCAGCUGACGAGGUUACUUGGCUUGUACCACACUCUGGAUAAAAAUCAGAAACAGAGUGUGGUCAGAGAAUUGAUGUUAAGGUACCAGCAUGGACUGGAAUUUGGGAAAUCCUGUUUGAAAACCGAAUUGCAGUUUUCAGACUAUUACUGUCUCCUUGCUGUCCAUGUGCUUAUUGAUAUAUGGAGAGAAACAGGUGAUGAGACUGCUGUGUGGCAGGCCCUGACUUUGCUGGAAGAGGGAUUAAUCCACAGCCCUUCCAACGCUCAAUUCAAAUUGCUGCUUGUUCGAAUCUACUGUGUACUGGGUGCAUUUGAACCAGUGGUGGAUCUGUACUCCAGCCUUGAUGCUAAGCAUAUCCAGCAUGACACCAUUGGCUAUCUUUUGACCCGAUAUGCCGAGUCCCUAGGUCAGUAUGCUGCUGCAUCCCAAUCCUGUAACUUCGCGCUCAGGUUUUUCCACUCCAACCAGAAAGAUACCUCAGAAUAUAUUAUUCAAGCUUACAAAUAUGGUGCAUUUGAGAAGAUCCCAGAGUUUAUCGCUUUUAGGAACAGGCUGAAUAAUUCUCUUCAUUUUGCACAAGUCCGUACUGAACGGAUGUUGUUAGACCUUCUACUUGAAGCAAAUAUAUCAACCAGUUUAGCAGAAAGUAUAAAAUCAAUGAAUCUUCGGCCAGAAGAAGAUGACAUUCCAUGGGAAGCCUUGCGAGACAACAGAGACUUAAAUGUUUUCUUCAGCUGGGAUCCAAAAGAUAGGGAUGUUUCUGAAGAACAUAAGAAACUUUCCUUGGAGGAGGAGACCAUGUGGUUAAGAAUCCGUUCCUUAACAUUGAGGCUGAUCAGUGGACUUCCAAGUCUUAAUCAUCCUGUGGAGCCAAGGAACUCAGAAAAGACCACUGAAAAUGGCGUGUCCUCCCGGAUUGAUAUUUUUCGUUUACUCCUUCAACAGCUGGAGUUGGCUAUGGAGACAGGAAAGCGAUUUAUUGAGAAAGAAAUUCAGUAUCCUUUCCUUGGUCCUGUACCCACCAGAAUGGGUGGAUUCUUCAGUUCUGGCUGUUCUCAGUGUCAGACCAGUUCUUUUUAUCUUGUUAGUGAUAUUUAUGAGCUGGACACCAGUGGUUUAGAGGAUACAGUGGAGAUCCAGGAGCGAGUAGAGAAUAGUCUUAAGACUUUACUAGAACAAUUAAAAGAUGUCUUCAGUAAAUGUAAAGGUGACCUCUUAGAAGUUAAAGAUGGUAACUUGAAAACGCAUCCUGCUCUUUUAGAGAAUCUAGUCUUCUUUGUUGAGACUAUUUCUAUUAUCCUUUGGGUGUCCAGUUACUGUGAGAGUGUCUUGCGACCAUAUAAAUUAAAUCUACAGAAAAAGAAAAAGAAGAAAAAAGAAACCAGCAUCAUCAUGCCACCAAUCUUUACCAGUUUCCAAGACUACGUUACUGGGCUUCAGACUUUAAUUUCCAAUGUUGUGGAUCACAUUAAAGGGCUUGAAACACAUCUAAUUGCACUUAAACUUGAAGAACUUAUUUUAGAAGAUACUUCUCUCUCGCUGGAAGAGAGAAAAUUUUCAAAGACUGUGCAAGGGAAGGUGCAAAGCAGUUAUCUACACUCACUUCUGGAAAUUGGUGAGCUGCUGAAGAAAAGACUGGAGACCACAAAGAAACUAAAAAUUUAA